CUGGGCUGGCCAGCCACUUUCACUGCCCCAGAGCAGCCUCUGAGACCCCCCUGAGACCUGCAAUGGAGCCAAUGGAGUUUGUGGCCAUGGUGUGCUUGACCGGUAGCCCAGCCCCUCCCCACCAGGACCUGCCUGCAGCUAUGGCUGGGCACCUGAGGGCUCUUCUUUUCUUCCCAGAUCCGGCAUUUCUUUCUGAGUAUUUUUCCCAGAGCUCACAGACGCUGUCCUUCUACCGCUGGUAUGGGAGUGCCAGGAUUUUCCGUUUCCGUGUCCCAGAGGACACAGUGCUGCUGCGGUGGCUUCUGCAGGCUUCCAGAGACAAAGGGCCUGGAUGUGGCAAGACUCAGGUCACCUUCCACAUCCGCUAUGGUGCCCCGCCUGUCAUCAACCCCCUGGGCACAGAGUUUCCCGUGAACACAAGCCUCCCUCCGUCCUUCAGCCAGACUCUGACCUUGGACGCUGCCCAGCAGAAUAGCACUUUUGUUAACCUCACUAACCCGGCUGCUGGGGACUGGUUUCUCGCUGCCCACCUGCCUGCAGCAUCAAGCAGGAUUGAGGUGAAGGGAUUCUCUGGGUCUUGCAGCUACACCUUCCAGCCUGACGUGUUUCUGCUGCGCCAGGUGGACGUUGUAGUCCUUGAGCCUGAUGUACCUGUCCAACGGGUUCUGUCCAAGGGGGCUAGUAGGCCACUUCAUGCCAAGAUCUUUGUCCCCGAGUACACCGCUGGGAUGCGCUUUGAGCUGGGGAAGUGCAUGGAGAACGGCUCUGCUGCGUCUUGUGCCCUCCGGGUCACCUUGGGUUCGGCUGUGCUCUCUUGGUCUUCCCAGAAGGUGCUUCGCUGCCUGGAGGCCUGCAGCAUCUUUUUGCCUUCCCCACCAUGGGGAAGGUGGCUUUGGAUCACAGUGGAGAGCCUUGGUGGUGCCAGCGCCAGCGUGUCCUUUCAGAUGGUGGUGUUCUUCAUAGCAUGCAACCCAGGAGAUGCGGCCUCCUUCCUUGGCUUCUACCAGAGGUUGAAGCAGAACCAGGGGAUGCCGACGCCAGGAGGCCACCUCAACAGAACACUGCUUGCCAUGGGCGGCAGCCACAAUGCCUCUGGCCCAGGAAACGCCUGCCUGCGUGGCCAGCCGGUUGCCCGCGAGGACCUGGACGUUGUUUCUGUGCGUUUCCGCAUUCUUGGAGAUUCCACUGUGCCCGUUCGGAGCGAUAUUCCCACUCUGCUGUUCCUUAACCUGAACUCCGGCAUGGACAGUGGAGGGAACCUGGUGCUGAACCUGAUGCUGAACCAGACUUCCGUGGGCCUUGGAAACGCCACUGUGUUGGCCUGCUUGAGCCCCACAUCUCCUGCACUUUUCCUGAAUGGCUCCUGGGGCUGCUGGACAGCCUUCGCCCAGGGCUACCUCCUGAACGUGAGCAUGUCCUCCAGGGAAGCUGCAGUCAUUGUCCCUUACCCACAGUCUGACAGCUGGUAUCUGUCCCUGAAGCUGCUCUGCCCAAAGGAAUCAGAAGACUGUGAUCUGGCCCAAGGCCAGGUAGCCGUGCUUGCCUACCUCACCCCCUGCUUUGAUGAUUGUGGGACCUACGGACAGUGCAGCCUCAUCAGGCGCCACGGUUACCUCUACACAGGCUGCAUCUGCAAGGCUGGUUGGGCUGGCUGGAGCUGCACAGAUAGAAGCAAGGCCCAGUCUGUAGGCACCCAGAUCUUGGCCACCCUCUUGCUCACCCUCAGCAACCUGUUCUUCCUGCCUGCAAUCACUGUGGCCCUUUACCACUAUCACCUAGUUGAGGCCUCCGUUUAUACCUUCACCAUGUUCUUUUCCACAUUCUACCACGCCUGUGACCAGCCUGGCAUUGCUGUAAUGUGCAUUAUGGAUUACGAUACGUUGCAGUUCUGUGACUUUCUGGGCUCUGUUGUCUCCAUCUGGGUGACCAUUCUCUGCAUGGCACAGGUCGAGAAGACCCUGAAAAAUGUCCUCUGUGUGCUGGGGACUCUGGUCAUUGCAAUGUCACUGCAGCUGGACCGCAGGGGUGUGUGGAAUAUGAUGGGACCCUGUCUCUUUGCCCUCACCAUCAUGGCCAGCAUUUGGGUCUAUCGUGGAAUCUCCCGGCGCCGCUGCUACCCUCCGUCUUGGAAGCGCUGGGCCUUUUUCCUCUUCCCCGGGACCAGCUUGGCCCUCGUGGCCAUAGCAGUAUACACCUUCCUGGAAACCACCGAAAAUUACUAUUACACCCACAGCAUCUGGCACGUCCUGGUGGCGAGCAGCGUGGCCUUCCUCCUUCUUCCUGGAGAUAAGCAGAAAGACCCAUGGGCCUGGUCCCGUAAACUGCUGUGCCGUUACCAAAUCUGUAGGAAUGACCAGGAGGAACUCUACACAGUGCGGUGACUGGAAAAGGAGGAGCUGAUGCAGCCAGACUCCCUCCCAAUGGGAAUCACUUAAUUUGGCUGGAGGAAUGUGAACACCCCCCCCCCUCCAUCCCUCCUGCUGUGCUGGAUAAAAAUGAAGGCAUCCAGGCAAUCUGGCUGGAGAGGAAGCUGCCUGACAGAGCCAGGGCCUUUCUGAAUCUUGGGAAAUGUGGCUUCAUCUUGUGGCAGCCUUGGGAAUAAUGCGCAGCAAGGAAAUAGAUGCUUCUGCAGCCAAGAAAAUGGCUGGGGACUGAGGCAAUUCAGGGGGACUGAAGGCAGGAGCCUCCAAGCCCCACUGCUCCUGCCCUGUAUCCACCACCUUGCCUGCACAGGCAGGACCAUUGGCCCAUGAAAUCAGCCAGGAAGGGGCUGUCACGCAUUCCGGAUUGGCUUGUUCGAACUUGGGUAUGAAGAGCACUUUAUCGGGACACGAAGACUCCUGGCAUCUUCUUUUUUCAAAUACAAAUCCACUUCCUGGGCAGGGGCAGGGCAGCCAACGUAGGAAUCCUUGGCCAAGGCUGGUCCAGGACCAGGUCACAUUUUCUCUGUGCUUGUGUGUGUCGUUCGCCUGUCCUUGCAUUAACCUGCACUGAAAAGAGCCUUGAUUCAGGGUUGAUGUGCAAUCACUGCAGCGGAUAAAGAAGGCUCAACUUGAUUCUAAAUUAAAGAUGCAAACACGGAUGUAGCAUUGUCUCAGGAAAAGCUUUAGCAACUGCAUAUUCCAUUAUUCAU